UGCUUUUAUUUCUCCUGUUGGAUAAAUAACGGAAGGCAGGGGACGAGCGGAUGCGGUUGGUACUGGGUGUCCUAGGACUGCAAUGUGCUGUCUAUGUAUUACCUAGUAGUUUCUCUUAGCAAGAAAGCCACAGUAUCACCACCGCAAUUGUCCAUUGUGCAGAAGAAAUAUUGACUGGCCCGUGCGACCGAGAAGUAAAAUAGUAGUGCUUUAUCGUCCCUGAAACAUGACUCGUUCUUCCGACGAAGAUAGCAGCAGUGAGUCUGGCUGCGACCAAGUGGAACUGCUAGUUGGGAUGGGAUUUGGCCCAAAGGCGGCAGGAAGGGCAUUGCGCGAGGCGCGGUAUGACUUUGAUGCUGCCCUUGAUAUGCUGGAGAAAGAGCAAGCCAAAAUAUCAGCCAGCGCUGAGCAAGCCGGCAAUUCUGGCGAAGAUGCACCCAAGCGGCGCCGCACCGAGGGCGUGGCUAGUCAGGCCGGAAAGGAGCAGGAUGAACCACAGGCAACUACCAACGAGAUCUGCAACGAAGAGGACACGGCUGUCUGGCGCUCCUACGUUGAUGCAGAGACCGAAAUCUGCGACUGGGAAGAUGGUCUUCGUCUCUGGAAGGGCCCGGAUCGCAAGCUCCUGCUGUUCGGACCGGCCGACGCGGUAGACACUUUGGCGCGCCGCGCCGCGCAGGAGCAGCUUGAGGGUCGAACGCCUGGAACAUUGCAGCCCGCAACGAGAAGUUCUGGCGAAGAAAAAAGAUUUGUGCGAACACGGCUGGCCGCCGCCUUGCCCGCGGUGGGGACUUGGAAGCGCGACGGAACACUCGCCCUGGAGCCCAUUUCUGACUUCGCUUUAGAGCUCUUUCGCAGCACCGUGCCUCGGCGACUGACGGGGACCUCAGAGGCCAUAGACAACAAAAUUCCGAAAGAACUCCACUGCGGCUCUGCCGUCGCUUCGCAUUACGUCGAGGGUUGCCUUGCGGCUUACCGCUCGUUUCGUUCCGUUUUUCACGGGCUGCGCGCGCAGUUGAAGGACGACUUGGAGCGGCUGACGUUCCGAAAAAAGUUAGCGGGUACUACGAACGAAGUCGUGAAGGGCCGGGACGAUGCCAUCUGCUGGAUUGAUUUACCAAGUUCCACCGCGAGUGGUUGUAGCAGCUCCGUGACGAGCAUGAAGUUUCCGGCGUUGCAAGAGGCAGCAAGGUGGAUGGAGGUUUUCGCAGUGCAGCAGUGGCGAGAGUGGGGAUAUUACGAGCGGAAAAAUAAACACCAGAGCACGCUGCUGCGGCCAGCUCGUGCGAUGGUGGCGCGGUACCCGGGAAACGGGGCGCGCUAUGUGACGCACCGGGACAAUGAGUGCCACCUGAACCACCGGGCGCUCACGGUUAUCUUGUACCUGUCUGACGACUGUGAAGCGGAGCCGUGGGACGUCGAAAGGGACGGGGGGCAGCUGCGCGCCUACACCGGCCCCACCGGUGACGGGAACAGUUUGUCGUCCUCUUCCACUUCCUGCGAUGCCUUCACCAGUCCGGAAUCACCGCACGUAGAUAUUGCCCCGGAAUUUGGCACGAUGGCGUGCUUCCGAGCGGAUCUGGUACCGCACGAAGUAAGGCGGGCGUAUCGCGAGCGGACGGCUUUAACGAUGUGGUUUCUCGACCUGGACGUCAAAAAGCUGCCUCUCAUCGCGGACAUGAAAUGAGAUGCGUAAGUUUGCGGCCAAUGUGAAAAUAAGGUUGAUAUUUUGCCAAUGCAAAAAGCGACAGCACUGUGCAGAUUCUGAUUUAUCUAGCGACACAGCGUUGAAAAAAUAAAGAUGGAGUGAUGUAUCCUCGACAGUCAAUUCACAUUCCCG